GGAGGAUUUUGUAUUUUUAAAUACUAAUAAACUACACCGUCUAAAGUAAACUAAACAGUUAUAAUUUUCAUUACUAUAUACUGUUUAAGUGUUAUUCCAAAUAGUAUGGAAUAGUGUGGUAAGAUACGGCGAUGUCUUCAAUGGAACCUCCGAAAGAGCCUUCUAAACCCGGUUUGGAAACAGAUGCUGAAUUGGCCGCUUCUGCGGCUAAUGCUGUGGAACAAUGGCGUACGUACCAAAAUGCGUAUACUUUGUAUCAACAACAAUAUGCUGCUUACCAGGAGUACAUGCAGAAGCAAGCAACUUUGACAACUUACGAAGAACAGCAGCAAGCAUAUAAUCAAUAUUUGGAAGCGCACAACAAUUACCAGAAACAAUUAGAGCAAUAUGAGUAUCAGAAAGGGUACCAAGAUUGCUAUGUUGGAACGCCCAACGGAGUACCUGCGGUUUAUCCAGCAGCAAGUUUUCCUCCCCAAGCGAUGCCUACGGCAGCCCCGGUUUUCACCACACCAUUGGUCAAUGUUGACCCUUUCUACAACAAAGGAAACGAUCACCAUCGCCACCCUUCAAUGAUUAAACGUCGCUCUGAGGCCUCUAUAAAUAAAUCGAAAGUUUAUACUAGUACCAACUAUUACGCUAACCCGGACGACGAAGAAAUGUUUCCCUUGGAAUUGAAACAAUUAUUUGAACCAUUAAAUUGCAGUCUCUGCAAAUGCAGAAUGAACUCGCAUAUAUCUGCUAAUGUGCACUACCAUUCGAUGGUGCACGAGAAAAAGAUUGUACAGUGGCUGAAGGAAUGGUGUGAACGUACGAAGACUCCGAUGCCACACCGCACAAAGCGUAGACCACCGCCGGUGGAACCGGUCGGUCCGAAUUCGCUGCACUGCGAGGCUUGCGAUUUGCCGCUCACUUCGAUUCAGCACGCCAAUCAACACUACACCGGCAAACGCCAUCAGAUGGUGGUUCGCGGCAAGAAGAAUCCCGCCGGAAAGGGGUACUACAAAUCGGACGGACAGUGGAAACGAUCUUUAACUGCUUCGGAUGCAAACCCAGAACGUUUCGGAAUCGGGGCCUCAUUUGCCAAUCAAACAAAUCACUAUAGCGCAAGAGAUGCAAAACGAAUGCGUCUGGAACCACCUCCUUCGCCGCCACCUGUAGUAAAGGAACUGGUGGAAGAUGUACUAGCAGCACCCAGCAGUGCUGGUGCAGUCGAUGUCACGGUCGCUGCAGUACACCAACAAACGCCAACGACGGCUAUCGCUUCGCCUUACAUGCCAAUGGCAAUGGUUUCGCCAUACGAUCCCACAUCUGUCGGGGCUGCGGUUUACUCUCAACCUCCACCAACAAUGAUUGCACCGUAUACGGCACAACCUAACCCCAAGUCCAUGAAAAAGUUAAAAUUUGUUCCCGAAGGGUCUUCAGUAGUGGACCCCGUCCAAUCUGAAAUUCUCAAAAAGGAGAGUGCCGAUUGUGUUGACGAAAGUGGAGUAUUUUGCAAGGUAUGCCAGAUUGCCGUGACCUCCGCAGCGGUUAUGGAAACUCAUUUGAAAGGCAUCAAGCAUUUGAAGAAAUUGAAAUCGAUCGGUCGCUUGCCUCCCCUUAACAAAACAGGAAGUACAAUUCAAAGCAUUCUGUCUACGCUGAACAAACCGCCGCAACAAAACGAUUGGUCACUGUAUCGCAUGCCUUCAGGAAAGUUUUACUGCAAAUCGUGCAAUAUCAUUCUGGCCGAUGAAAAGCUAUUUUCUCAGCAUUGGUAUGGCAAAAAACAUAAGUUGAAAGUGAAGCAGGAAAUGGAGGAACUGUCUGGUACCACUACCACCAAAGUAGGGUACUAUCAGAAACGACCUUUCAGAAAGGACCGUAUUAUGCAGGCACAGUAGGUGUAACGUACUUGCGAAUCGUAAUGAAUAUUUUGAAUUUUGACAAACUAAUAUUGUGUAUGUUGUGUGAAUAUAUCUACUCUUAUAUGCUUAUGCAUUGAUAUAAUGCCACUGUCAAAUAAAUAAAAUUGUG